GCAUGCGCUUGAUAAACGAGUCUAGCUGGAAAUAAAAGUACAGAGCUUCCUUUAUUCAUUUUCUGUCAUAUUAUAUAAAUGAAAAGUGAAAAUAAGUAACAAUAGUGAAAAGUAAUAACAGAAAAGGGGUGAAAGUAAUUGUUUAGUUUAAAAAAAUGAAAUGAUGAGCCCUUAAAGAGGGCUCGUUCAACAAUUUCUAGUGACAGAUAGUUUGAAAAUAGUUGCAAUAUGGAUGAAAAUUUGAGUCGUGGUUACGUGCAGCUCGGCAAGGCCAGGGGUGUAAACGAGUUUAAGUUUUCUAAUGGAUUAGAUCAUAUAACUCCUCCGACAGAUCGUUAUAAUUUUGUUUAUCUUGCUUUGAUACUCGCGGGUGCAGGAUUUUUAUUACCGUACAAUAGCUUUGUUAUUCCAGUAGAUUAUUUUCAAGCACGAUAUCCAGGCACGACAGUGGUGUUUGAUAUGUCAGUUGUAUAUAUAACCAUGGCAUUUUUUGCUGUCUGUGCUAAUAACAUUCUUGUAGAAACAAUAUCUCUAAAUACAAGGAUUGCAUUUGGAUAUCUUGUUUCAUUUGUUACUCUUAACUUUGUCGUUAUAUCAGAAAUAUGGUGGGAACUUUUUGGGGUGGCUACGUCAUAUACAAUUAACUUAAUUGCAGUAGCAGUUGUUUCGGUAGGAUGUACAGUCCAACAAUCAAGCUUUUACGGAUAUACAUCAAUGUUACCAUCAAGAUAUACUCAGGCAGUAAUGACAGGAGAAAGUUUAGCGGGUUUUUGGGUGUCAAUUAAUCGACUAAUUACAAAAUCUAUUAUUGAUAAUGAACGUGGCAAUACUUCCAUAUUUUUCAUGUUAUCUAUAUCGACAAUUCUCAUGUGUUCAUUUCUCUAUCAACUGGUCAGAAAGACAGAAUUUGUUAAAUUCUACGUAAACCUUUGCCAGGAACGUAAUAAAAUAACACUUGAACCCACUGAAGAUAUCGGUUUAAUGGAUCCCUUGGAACAAGUUGAUUCAAGUAAAGGACAAUAUGGAAUAUUAAAGCUUCAAACGAGUCCUUUGGCUGUAGAUUCUAACGGCGAUCCAAGUGGCGCCCAAUAUUCAGCAUUUUCCUUCAGCAACCCAGUGUACGAACCCAAUGGUCCAUCAGGGAAUCCCUCAAGUGGUACUGGACCAAAAUAUAAAGUCGAAGAUGUUGUUGUGAUGCGAGGGUUUUCUAGCAACCAAACCAGUAAACCUUGGUCAGGCAUUAAAAGGGGAUUAUUAGCAAGACUUGAAGUUGCAAAGCUCAUUUUUCCUUACAUGGCAAGCAUUGGCGUAGCUUAUUUCGUUACACUUUGUCUCUACCCUGGCAUUGUAUCUGAGAUAAUAUCCUGCAAAUUUGAAUCAUGGAUGCCAGUAAUAUUAAUGGCAGCAUUCAAUGGUGCUGAUUUACUUGGAAAAAUUUUAGCAUCGAUACCCUACGAAUGGACACGAACGCAACUGCUAUAUUUUUCUGCUGCGCGUGUAAUUCUUAUUCCUCUUUUUCUUUUAUGUGCAAUUCCAAGGCACGCGCCACUUUUAUCUAAUGAAAUUUAUCCACUAAUGUUCUCAUGGUUACUUGGACUUACGAAUGGUAUAGUCGGUAGUGUUCCAAUGAUCCAAGCGCCAAGUAAAGUUCCUGAAGAACAUCGUGAGCUAGCAGGAAAUAUCAUGACUUUAUCAUACACUACUGGUCUUACUCUUGGAUCAUUAAUAGCUUAUAUGUUGGAUGCACUUCUUGCUCAUCCAGUUUCUACAAAAGAACUUUGUUCGAAUUUAUUAACAGCUGCAACACCGAUAACGUUGAUAAGUAAUAAUACAACAACUGAAAUUUUAACGAGCAGUAUCAAAUACACAACUCUUCCGACAGUCAAAAAAAUAAGUAAAAUAUCAAAUACAUUAGUGACAACAGCAACUACAAAAAUGGCAACAUUUUUGACUACUUCAAUUAUUGCGAACAAAACAGCAAUACUAUUAGGAACUGCUCUUAAUACAACAUCAACAACAGCAGUACCAAUGAUUUUUACCAAUGUCACAUCAACAAUUAGUAAUGCGAUUAUUCCGCAUUAAAAUAAAAUUAUAUUUCAUGACAG